AUGGCCACCCUGCUUUUCACUGCCCGUCAGCAGCGCCAGAGGAACGUCCCUUACAAUCGCAUCCAUCCGUCCUCUGUGUUCCAGCAGAACGAUCGCAUCUUCUACUCGAAGUAUCGAUUUCGCAGAGAAGAUGUUAAGAAGAUCGUGAGGAUGCUCGAACCGCUGCUGGAUGCAGGGUUGGAGCCUUGGGAAAUAAGCAAAGAGGACCAGGUCCUCAUUACACUCCGCUACCUGGCCACCAACACUCAUCAAACUAUGAUUGGUGACUGUUUCGGAGUGUGUCAGAAGGCAGUGAGUGACGUCGUCACCCGGGUAGUGGACGCUCUCAAUCAUUCCACAAUAGAGGCCCGCUUCCUCCGCUUCUGGCCAUCGGACGAGCGCUGGUGCUUGCGAAGAUCUCGAGUAUUCGCUACGAUCUUGAGAUUAACAAAUGUCAUUGGAUGCGUCGAUGGUUGCCCCAUCCGAAUCCAGCGGCCCACCAACUUCGGCAACACUACUACUGCCGAAAGGCAUGUUGUGCAAUCAACAUGA